AUGGAUAGCAUUGCAAUUGUAAUCCAACACAGUGGGCAAUGGGAUGAAAACAGAAGAAACUAUAUCAACUUUGAAGUUUGUGGUUUACUCAUUCCAAAUAGUUGCACCUACAACAACUUGGUUGGAAUAAUAUGUGAACAGUUGAAGUUGCAACCAGAAUCAACAGUUUUAAAAAUCGAGUAUCAAGUUAGAGAAGGAAACCCUACUUUCAAAAUUGUUGAUGAUUCGCAAUUGAUGUUCUACAUGGACUUGAAGAAAAAGGAAACAGAUUUAACAAAAUAUCCAUUGUGCCUCACAACUGAGAUCAAUUCAAUUAGGCAAUCAUUCUUCUCAAAUAGGAGUACAACAACACAUAAUCAACUGUAUGAUGAAGUUGCACAAGCAGAAGGAGAGGCAUCAAAUUCAGAUGAUGAACUAGUUCUUGAUUGUGGUGCCAAAGAAGUUGUAGGCUUUAUUGAUUAUGCAAACUCGGUCUCCAACCAAAUUAUAGAAAUGCUAGACAAAAGAAAUGAUGAAGAAGAAGUGAUUGACAUUGAUGAAGAUUUGGUAAUCAACAACAAGCACCACCAAGAGAUUUCUUUGUCUCAAAUCUACAAAGACAAAGAUACUUUGAAGACAGUAUUGAGCCACUAUGCAAUCAGCAAUCAUUUCCAAUAUUGUGUGCAAAAGUCUUGCAAAAAGGAGUAUGUUGUUGCUUGCCUUGACAAAAAUUGCAAGUGGAUGUUACGAGCUUCAAGGAAUGGAAACACAAAUCAAUUCAUAAUUAGAAGGUUUAGCCACAUUCACACAUGUGCAUUGGAAAUAAGAUUAAAAAACCAACGUCAGGCAACCUCGACAAUCAUUGCAGAUAUGAUCAAGCACAAGUUCACAGACAUCAAAACAAAGUACACAGCUACAGUUAUUGUUAGGGACUUGAAACAUGAUCAUGAAGUGCAAGUCAAAUACAGCAAAGCUUGGAGGUCUAGAGAAAAAGCUAUUGAAAAAGUGAAUCUUAUGCAGAAUUGCCUAGUUAUUUCAUUGAAUGCUUCAAUUAAAGGCUGGAACUAUUGCGUACCUGUUGUAAUAGUUGAUGGGACUUUUUUAAAAUCAACAUAUGGAGGGACAUUACUGGUUGCAGCCACUCAAGAUGCAGAAGGUAGAAUCUUCCCCCUAGCAUUUUGUGUAGUUGAUUCAGAGAAUGAUGAUUCUUGGGAGUGGUUCUUUGAGAAUAUCAAGAAAGCUUAUGGUGUAAGAGAAUGCAUGAGCAUUGUAUCUGAUCGACAUGAAAGCAUCAUAAAAGCAACCAACACAGUGUACCCAGAAGUACCACAUGGGGCUUGCACCUUCCAUCUGCUAAAAAACAUGAAAAGCAAGUUCAAAAAGAACUCAAAAAAGUUCAAGGAUACAUUUUUCGCAGCUGCAAAUGCAUACACUGUCAAAAAGUUUGAGUACCACAUGAGAGAACUUGAUAUGAUUGGCAAUAGGCUACAACCUUACCUACAAAAUAUUGGCUACAACAGAUGGGCAAGAGUUCACUCACCACACAAUAGAUACUCAAACAUGACAUCGAACAUUGCCGAAUCCUUGAAUUCUGCAAUCGUAGUAGUAAGAGAGCUACCAAUUUGUACAAUGCUAGAGGGUUUACGAGGUUUGGUUCAACAAUGGAGUUGGACUAAUAGGAAGAUAGCAAAUGCAACCUCCACCAAGUUGACUGAGAAGCAUGAAGGGAUCUUGAAUGACAACUAG